AUGGACCAGAAGAGUCCAUUGGCGUUUUACACAACCGCCACAGCCACUCCAGCCGCCAUCGUUCAGGAUAUGAAGAAGGCUGCAAUGGAUAACUGCCCAAGAACUUGUGGAUUGUGUUGUCAGACCAGUGCUUACAGUUGUGCCAAUGUUGCAUUCUCCCGUCUCAACUGUGCCACAAUCACCUCCUCCCAAUGUCUCUCUGCCGCCUGGCGUACCAUCAUCGCCACCGACUGCCCCUCCGCGUGCGGAUUCUGUAACUCUGGUGGAUGCGUCGACGCUGUCAUGGAUUGUGCCAACGACCGUUCCAUCUGUACCGGCGUUGGAAUGCAAGACUUUGUGAAUACAUACUGCCAAAGAACCUGCAAUAGAUGCGCGUCCUCCACUACGCGUUCCUCAGUCAUCUCCUCGGCAACCUGCACAUCAUACAUUGCCGACUCGUCAACCAAUUGCAGAAACUGGAGUACCAAUGGAUUCUGCACGAAUACAUUCUACACUUUGGCUCAAAGAAGAUCAUAUUGUGCCACCACUUGCAGAAUUUGCUAG